GCCCGAGGCGGUCGGGCUCGGCGCCGGGGGCGGGAGGGGGCGGGGAGCGCGCCAGCCGAGAGUCGGGGGCGAUGGCGAAGCUCAGGGUGGCUUACGAGUACACAGAAGCCGAGGACAAGAGCAUCCGGCUCGGCUUGUUCCUCAUCAUCUCCGGCGUCGUGUCGCUCUUCAUCUUCGGCUUCUGCUGGCUCAGUCCGGCGCUGCAGGAUCUGCAAGCCACGGCGGCCAACUGCACGGUGCUGUCGGUGCAGCAGAUCGGAGAGGUGUUCGAGUGCACCUUCACCUGUGGCACCGACUGCAGGGGCACCUCGCAGUACCCCUGCGUCCAGGUCUACGUCAACAACUCCGAGUCCAACUCCAGGGCGCUGCUGCACAGCGACGAGCACCAGCUCCUGACCAACCCUAAGUGCUCCUAUAUCCCUCCGUGUAAGAGAGAAAAUCAGAAGAACUUGGAAAGUGUCAUGAACUGGCAACAGUACUGGAAAGAUGAGAUUGGUUCCCAGCCAUUUACUUGCUAUUUUAAUCAACAUCAAAGACCAGAAGACGUCCUCCUGCAUCGCACACAUGAUGAGAUUGUCCUCCUGCACUGCUUCCUCUGGCCCGUGGUGACGUUUGUGGUGGGUGUUCUCAUCGUGGUCCUGACCAUCUGUGCCAAAAGCCUGGCAGUCAAGGCAGAAGCCAUGAAGAAGCGCAAGUUCUCCUAACAGGGAGGAGGCUUGUGGGAAGCUAAGCACAGAGGCUGCCUGGUCAGCACUCACCUACCUGAGAGCCUGCCUUUGGUGGUGCAGGAGAUGGAAGGGGCCACAAAACAGGUCUCCAAGAGGCCCCUCCCUCAGUGGCAGCAAAACAGGCACAGCUGGAAGACUUGGAACUGCAUCACCUGCAUUCCACGUGCUGUAGCGAUGGCUAGAGGGUCAAGCUCUUAGCUGUAUGGAGUAACUGUUCAGAAAACCCUAUAAAAGUUGAUUUUCUUUGGAAAGUAACAGUAUAUUAUUUGUAUAGUGUAGUAUAUAAACCAUUAUGAUUUAUGCUACUUACAAAUAUUAAAAUACAGUGGUCUGUGUUAUUUUCUAUUUCCUUUUUUUAUGCUUAGAUCACCAGGGU